CAGGUGUGCUUGGGUAUCUGUUAUAAUUGCAUUAUAUCUGACAAUACGGAUACCCUGCUAUAAGAAGUAUUACAACAGCCAAGAUCACAUCAAGGAAAUCACUAUUUCACUCUGUUUUUAACAACUGCACAUUGAUACUUGUGAAUAGUAUGGAGACAAUGACUUAUGCUAAAGUGAACUUCAAGAAAAAUCAUGGACAUUCACCCAAGGCACGUUCUGCUGAAGAGGGUGCAGCAACUAUUAUUUAUGCCGACAUAAGGAGAGCUGCACCCCAGAGUCAUUUACCCGCAGCACCAGAGGUUCAAGAAAAAGUCUUGACAAGGUGCAGAUACAGAAUUCUCAAAAUUCUUAUUGCGGUCCUCAUCAUCAUCAUCAUCAUCAUCAUCAUCAUCAUCAUUAUUGCUCUCCUUUGUGGAUUUGUGGUUUUCUUUUAUAACCAGAAUACAAAGGAAAACGAAUUUAAUCGGACAACGGUAGAUACUAAUAUUAUGAGACUACGUCAGGAGCUCUGUGUGUCCAACACUGACAGUGCCUCAGGAUCUAUAAAGAAGCUUCAAACUCUUCCAGGUUGUCUUCUGUGUCCUAAUGGUUGGAUUCUACAUGGAGACGACUGUUAUUACUACUCAGAUGUAACAGACAGUUCAUGGAACCAGAGCCGGGAUCAGUGUGAGAAGAUGGGAGCUGAUCUACCGGUCAUAAAGAACCAGGAACAGCAGGAGUUUAUACGGAGAGAUCUCAGACAGCGGGGAGAGGACUCAUACUGGAUAGGACUUCACCAUGAUGGAGACGGCUGGAGAUGGGUGGAUGGAGAACAUUAUAACAGCAGCUUGAUCCAGAUAAAGACACAACCAUCAGAACGCUGUGUAUCAAUGACUAAAUCUGAUUAUAAUCAGGAGAACUGCAGCACUUCUAACAGAUGGAUCUGUCUAAAGAAAGCCGUGAGGAUCUGACCUUGUUCCCAUAAGUUACAGUAACUGUACAUGAAACUGAAUAAAAAUCUAGAUAUGUCAUUAGAUCUGUA